UAUUAUGUAUUCAUUACAGAGCAUUUGCCCUGCGCCCAGGCCCAAUGCACCAGCUGUACGCUAAUGUAAACAAUUUCAGUUUAUAAAUAAUAAGAAAAUUAGUACAAAUAAAAAUUAAUUAAAAUGCAAUGUGAUGAUCUAGAAAUUGAGUUACCCACUGCCCCACGUCUUAACGAAUUAGACAGUGCCCUACACGAAUUAGGAAUGCUAGCUUCGUAUACAAACUCUCGACAAGAGUACCUGAAAGAAAUUCGGCAAAAGCCACUUUAUAACAUGCUCACUAUUAACACACGGUACGUCAGUAACGUCUCGAUCGGUUUCCAAUUGAGACCGACGACUCCUCACGUCCGCUACAAGCCUUACACCAACACCAAACGGGAGGAGAGGCACCGCACGAAGUCGGAGAAUAACGACGUGACCGAAACGAUCAGCCUGGUUAGGGGCAUUUUGGAGGAGACCGUGCACGAGAAGGUUAUGGACGAGGUGUCGCAGUUAAAGAAGGCGAAAUCCCUUGAGAGUAUUAUCGCCGAAAACAAUCAGGACGUCGAUUUGACCAAAAUUACCAUACCGGAGGUCGAGGUCGUUUCGGAUUUAGAAAGAUUAAAGGUUGUCGAGUAGGGGAGCUUCGUUUCUUCUUUCGAUUGAUAGAGGUCACAAUUGUUUAUUUAUUUUAGUUUCGGAUAAUUGGUAGGAAUCGAGAGUUUCGUUUGACUUUUAUGAAUACAGGGUGGAUCACAGGAACAGGCAUUAUGUGUAAUUUUAGUAGUAGGCUGUGAAUGUUUCUUUUGACUAUACUUUAAAUUUCCCGAAUAUGUGUGCCAUCGGUGUUCUGUAAAUCGCAAGGAAAAAUGGUUCAUUCUGUCCAUUAAAUUUGAAGUGGGAUACAAAAUUCCAGUCGUUGUAAAAUAUGUACGUUUCUCUGUACAGAGAUACGGAGUUUGUUGUGAUGUUAGUUUGAAGAUUUAAAGAAUGCAUUGUUAAAUUAUUUAAAAAAUGGAUCAUUAUGUGCUUGAGUUGAGGGUAUGAUCAGUAACGUUAUAAUUGAGUAUUAAAUUAAGAGAAGCACUGUUACAUUUCAAUUAGCUUAGAUGUAUUGGUAUCUUCACAACUGUUUUUUGGAACAAUUGUUUAUGAUAAACAAAUCUAGUUUAAUACACGUUUUGUUUUAUAAAAAAUUUUUGUAAAACG